AUCAAAAGCACAUUAUUGAUACCGCGUCUUUUCCGAGCAGAUUGGAGCGGGGGGGAGAUGCUCCUGGAGCCCCGUGCUCUGCCCUCCCAGCCGCAGCCCGGGGGUCCGAGCGCUCUCUCCUCCCCGCAGGUCGCGGCGCCGCUCCCAUCCCGAGCCCCGCCCGCUCCCCCGGCCCCGCCGGAGCUCAUCCCUCGGGCGGAGCAGCGGCAGCCGCCCCUCGGGCGCGCUUCCUUGCGCCCCGCCCCCGGGAUGCCGGGAUAGAAGCUGCGCCGCCCCGCAGCACUGCGGUGGGUGCUCCCCGCUCUCCUCCUCGGCCACUGCUCUCUCUGUCUUUCAUCCCGGUAUAUGAAGAAAUAGUUUCAAGAUGAACUUCUACCUGGAAACGCUCCAAUUCAUUGUACUUUUUGUUUAUUAUUUUCUGGAGUGGCUGGUGUUCUUGGUUGUGCCUAGACGGAAGAAGAAUGUUAGUGGUGAAAUAGUAUUAAUAACAGGAGCUGGAAGUGGUCUUGGAAGACAGUUAUCUUUAAAGUUUGCCAGGCUCGGAGCAAUAGUGGUUCUCUGGGACAUCAAUGAAGAGGGACUUAAGGAGACAAAGCAACUGAUCACAGAAGAAGGAACAGCAAGAGUACACUAUUACAUCUGUGAUUGUAGCAAAAGGCAGGAUGUCUACAGAGUAGCUGAUCGGGUUAAAAAAGAAGUUGGUGACGUUACCAUUCUAAUCAACAAUGCUGGUAUUGUAACUGGGAAGAGGUUUCUUGAUUGUCCAGAUUCACUUAUGGAAAAAACUCUGGAAGUGAACAUAAUGGCACACUUCUGGACUUACAAAGCCUUCCUCCCAGCAAUGAUGGCCUCUAACCAUGGGCACUUGGUUUGUGUGUCAAGCAUGGCAGGACAGACUGGAAUCAGUUAUAUUGCAGAUUACUGUGCAAGUAAAUUUGCAGCGAUUGGUUUUGCAGAAUCAGUUAAUUUAGAGAUAAGAGAUAUGGGAAAGACUGGUGUUAAAACUACAAUCGUGUGUCCUUCAGCCAUGAACACAGGAUUGUUUGAUGGCUAUAACAACAAGUGGCCAACUCUGAUUCCCAGUUUGGAGCCUGAGUAUGUGGCUGAGCAGAUGAUCACUGCUAUUCGGCAGAACAAAGAAGUUUUUAUACUACCACGUUUUGCUUCUUUUGCGUUAUUUUUGAAAUGGGUCACACCAGUGAAAAUAAAUUUUCUUCUUGCGGACUAUUUUGGAAACUACAGUAGCCUGAAUGACUUCAAAAGUCAAGCAAAGAAGGACUGAAAAAGCACAAAAUUCAGAGACCAGCAACUCUAAAGUGGACCUUGUUAAAGGUGGUGGUGGGAAAGGUCUGCCUCUCUAGCAACUAUGAACUUAAGGUGCUUCACUUCUCAUUAGCAACUAUUUUUAAGGAAAUUACCUUUUAAUUUGCCCCUAAUCAACAGCUUUCACUAAAACUAUUUUUUUUAAUCCAAUGAACUGUUUUCUUUUCACCUCAGUAUGGAUAUACAUUGAUUGAAAUGAGUUCUUUUGGUUAAGGCUGUUAUAAUGCCUUAAAUAUAAUCCUACAUCACAAUCUAAUAAGUGGGAACUUUGAAGAGAGAAGGGACCAAGAAACUAAGUGUAUCUGGCUGGUAGCCAGGAAGACUUCCAGUGGACCUGAUGUCUUGCACACAGAAUCAAACAGAAUUGUUUAGUUGGAAAAGGCCUUUAAGAUCAUUGAGUCCAACCAUAAAUCUAACAAUGCCAAGCUCACCACUAAACCAUGUUCCCAAGAGUCAUACCUACACAUCUUUUAAAUACCUCCAGGGAUGAUGACUCAACCACUUCUUUGAGCAGCCUGUUCCAAUGCUUGACAACCAUUUCAGUGAACCAUAAGGAGGGAGUGUACUGCUGGUGCUAUUACCAUUCCAUGGUAAACUGAGGAAUUCAAGAGUUUCCUGAAGCAACAAGUUCUGAUUUAUACAAAUGGAAGUUUUGUGAAAUGAAAAUAUAUUCUCUUCUGGUGCAAAACCAAUUCAAUUCUUUAAUUUUUGGAGGUGGUGAUCUUUGGACUCACAGAUGACUAUGGAUGUUGAGGUGGGGGCAGGGAAGAAGGCAAAUUAUGUAUUUGUGCUGAUAAUAUACUUUGUCUAAUCUAUGUUAAAAGCUAAUACUAUGACUGCAACUUUGUAGUAGAAGACUUUGUAUCUUCCAAGUGUAAUAUUUUAAGAACAACUUUAAAUUUUCAUCUCCAAAGCAGAAUAAACUUGUAGUUAUGAAUCAUAAGAGGGCAAGAUUAUUUGAUAGCUCACCUAGACUGGCAAAGUAAGACAGAGUUACUAAAAGCAAAGAUAUUACCUUGUACAAACAGGGCUUCUCUUGGGAUUAUUUCAGCAGGGAAUGCUGAUAGAACUUAAAGAAUGGGUGUUGCAGAUGGAGUGAAAGAGUGAUGCACUUCACUUGCAAGAGAGAAGCAGCAAUACAGUUCAUUGAUAUAAAAUAGUAAUUUAACAAAGGUCAAUGGUAAAUGUGACAGUGGUUUAAUAAGAUGUAAUGGCAAGAUGCACUUGGAAGCCACUGAGGCAAACGAUUCUGGAUCAGAGGAAUUGUGCUGGGGAACUCUUCUUAAAGCAGCAAAACUGUGGAAAACAAAACUGACAAAAAUGUAGGAAGAAAGAGGGUUCUUUAGCGUACACACACAUACAAAGGUUGGGCUCCCCGGCAAGUGAGCAGCAGCUCUGACUUAUUGUGGGUGGGAACAGGAGUGAUGGCAGGCAACCCCCCUCCCAUCCAAGAGCAGGCCCCAGGAGCACAGCAGACAGGAUGGGCAAGGAGAUUGUGCUGCAUGAGAAGGAUGUGGUGUGGCAUCUUGCACAGCAGUUGAAGGUAUUCAACAUAGUGAAGGUGUUCAGGCAAAGUGCAGUCCCCUCCUGUCUCUAGAGGGGUAACUGUGUGAGGUUAGCACCCUCCCAGAAGAGGACCUGGCUAUGGUUUCUACUUUCCUGAAGGCAAUCACUAGAAGGGAUGUGGUGACGCAGACAGAACUCUCACACAAGGAUACAGCUGUCCAAGUCUCCAGCUGCAGGGAGUGCCUCAGCAGCAGAGACAACAGCUGCCUUCUGUGUAACCAGGUAAAUGAUCUGCCCAGCCUGGCAGCAAAGGUAAAAGAGGAAAUGGAAAGGUUAAGGAGUAUCGGGGAGUGUGAGAGGGAAAGAGGUUGGUAGAGUCACACUCUACCAUUGUUGAGACCAAGGCAGCAGAUGGAGGCUCCGCAAGAAGCGGAGGAUCCUCUACCCUCUUGCCAUCAAUCAGAAGGAGGGAACUGAAGACAGUAGGGAGAAUGGAAACUGGUCCUUGCUUGGCUUGGCAGGCAAAUGCCUUCCUAGCCUCCCUCACCUUCUCAGUUGCCCUUACACAACAGAUACGGUCCUCUGGAAUUGAAGGCUGGGCAAACGAGAAUGUAAGUGAAGGUCCAUCCAGAGGGUUGCCUAGGGCAAGCCAGUCAUCCCCACAAAUUAUGACUGCCUAUGUUAAGAAAGAAAGGAGGGCAACUGUUCUCAGUAACUCACUUCUGAGUGGAACAGAGGGCCCAAUAUGCCAACCAGAUCCAUCCCACAGGGAAGUCUGCUGCCUCCCUGGAGCCCAGGUUAGAGACAUUACUACCCGCUAUUGGUUUUAGAGGUUGGCAGCAGUGAGGUUGCAGAAAGAAGUCCAAAAGCAAUCAAAAAGGCACUGUGGUGAUUUGUUGAAGGAUCAGGAGCACAGGUAGGGUUUUCCUCAGUUCUGUCAGUGACAGGAAAGAAUACUGAAAGGAAUGGGAAAACUCACAUGAUUAACACAUGGCUCAGAGGCUGGUGCCAUUAGUAGAAUUUGGGGUCGUUUGGUCAUGGGGAGGUAUAUGUGGCACUAGACCUGCUGGUGGCAGAUGGAGUUCAGCUGUCUCAAAGGGGUAAAAGGGUUCCUGCUUAUUGAGAAGACUAUGAACUAGGUUUGAAGGGGGAAGGAGCUAUAACCAUCUCACUAGAGACGAGCCAAAGGGUAGUGUGCCAGUGCUGGGCGUGGAAUCAGCUCAAGUGUAUCUACACUGAUGCACACAGCAUGGACCACAAAGAAGAGGGACUGGAAGCCAUUGUGCAGCAGGAUAGCUAUGACUUAGCACAGAGACAUGGCGGGAUGACUCUCAUCACUGGAGAGCUACAAUGGGUGGCUAUAAGCUCUUCCGUAGGGAUAGGCAAGGAAGGAGAGGCAGGGAGAGAACGGAGACUGUAUAUUAGGGAGGCAUUUGAUUGUAUAGAGCUCAACAUUGUGAUGAUAAUGUCAAGUGCUUAUGGGUAAGGAUGAGAUGAGAGGCCAACAGAUAUCCUGCUGGAAGUUUGUUACUGACUACCCAUCCAGGAAGAAGAGGUAGAUGAAGCAUUGUAGAAGCGGCUGGCAUAACUCUCCCAAUCAUUAGAUAUUAUUCUUGUGGGGGGUUUCGACUUACUAGACUUCUGCUGGAAAUUCCACACAGCAGAGAGGAAACAGUCUAGGAGGUUCCUGGAGUGUGUGGAAGAUGGAUGACUCUUUGAUACAGCUGGUAAGUGAGCCUGUCAGGGGAGAUGCCUCACUUGACCCGCUCUUUACAAACAGAAAAGGACUGGUGGGAGUUGUGGUGGCUGGAUGCCACCUUGGGCUUAGUGGCCAUGAAAUGAUAGAGUUCUCAAAGUAAGGGAGGAGGGGGGGUGUGUCAGUAAAACCAGUGCCAUGGACUUCCCAGAGAGCAGACUUUGGCAUGUUUAGGAUACUGGUUGAGAGAGUCCCUUGGGAAGCAGUCUUGAAGGGCAAAGGGGUCCAGGAAAGCUGGACAUUCUUCAAGAAAGAAGAAUGUGCUUCUUGAAGGCACAAGAGCAGGCCGUCCACAUGUGCCAUAGGGAAGAUGACUGGCCUGGCUGAACAGGGAACUUUCACUGGGACUCAGGAAGAAAAAAAAAGGGAGAGUUUACCACUUUUGGAAGAAGGCAGUGGCAACUCAAGAAGAGUACGGGGAUCUCAUUAGGUCAUGCAGAGAGAAAAUUAGGAAGGCAAAAGCCCAGCUAGAACUCAAUCUGACCACUAUUGUAAGAGAUAACAAAAACGGUUUUUACAAAUACAUCAAUAACAAAAUGACAGCCAAGGAGAAUCUCCAUCAUGUAUUAGAUGUGGGGUGGAACAUUGCUACCAGGAUGAGGAAAAGGCUGAGGUACUUAAUGCCUUCUUUGCCUCAGUCUUUACUAGUCAGACAAGCUAUCCCCUUGAUAUUCAGCCCCCCUGAGCUGGAAGACAGGAACGAAGAGCAGAAUAAACUCCUCAUAAUACAAAAGAAAGCAGUUAAUGACCUGCUACACCACCUGGACACUCACAAGUUUAUGGGACUGGGUGGGAUCCACCCAAGAGUACUGAGGGAGCUGACAGAGGGUCUUGCCAAGCCAGCUUCCAUCGUUUAUCCGUGGUCCUGGUCAAUAGGGGAGGCGCCAGAUGACUGGAGUCUUGCCAAUGUGACACCCAUCCAGAAGAAGGGCUAGAAGGAAGAUCUGGGAAACUACAGGCCUGUCAGCCUGGCCUCACUACCAAGAAAGAUUAUGGAGUGAUUCAUUCUGAGUGUGAUCCCCAGGCACGUGCAGGACAACCACAGGAUCAUGCCAAUUCAGCCCAGGUUCCUGAAAGGCAGGUCCUGCUUGACCAGCCUGAUCUCCUUCUGUGAGCAGGUGAUCCACCUAGUGGAUGAGGGAAAGGCUGUGGAUGUUGUCUACCUAGAAAUUUAUAAAGCCUUUGAUACCAUUUCCAACAGCAUUCUCCUAGAGAAGCUGGCAACUCUUGGACAGGUGUAGUCUUCACUGGGUGAAAAAUAGGCUGGAUGGCCGAGCUCAGAGAGCUGUGGUGAAUGGAGCUAAAUCCAGAUGAUGACCGGUCACAAGUGAUUUUCCCCAGGGCUCUAGGCUUCUUUAAUAUAUUUAUCAAUGAUCUGGAUGAGGGGAUUGAUUGCACCCUUACUAGGUUUGCAGCUGACACCAAGUUGGGCAGAAGUGUUGAUCUGCUUGAGGGUAGGGAGAAUCUACAGAGGGAUCUGGACAGGCUGGGUCAAUAGGCCCAGGUAAAUUAUAUGAGGCUUAAGAAGGCCAAGUGGUGGAUCCUGCACUUUGGUCACAGCAACCCCACGCAAAGCAACAGGCUUAGGGAAGAGUGGCUGGAAAGCUGUCUGGUGGUAAAGGACCUGGGGGUGCUGGUCAACAGCCAACUGAACAUGAGCCAACAGUGUGCCCAGGUGACCAAGAAGGCCAGCAGCAUCCUGGGUUGUAUCAGAAACAGUGUUGCCAGCAGGACCAGGGAAGGGAUCUUCCCCCUGUACUUGGUACUAGUGAGGCUGCACCUCAAAUAUUGUGUUCAGAUUUGGGCCCCUCACUACAAGAGAGCCAUUGAGCUAUUGGAGCCAGUGCAAAGAAAGACAACAAAACUGGUGAAGGGUCUGGAGAACAAGUCUUAUGAGGAGCAGCUGAAGGAACUGGGGUUGUUUAGCUUGGAGAAAAAGAGGCUGAAGGAAGACUGAAUCACUCUCUACAAAUACCUGAAAGGUUGUAGCAAGGUGGGUGUGGUCUCUUCUCCCAAGUAAUAAGUGAUAGGAUGAGAGGAAACGGCCUCAAGUUGUGCCAGGAGAGGUUUGGACUGGAUAUUAGGAAAAAUUUAUUUACUGAAAGAGUGGUGAAGCCUUAGAACAGGCUGCCCAGGGAAGUGGUGGAGGCACCAUCCCUGGCCACAUUGAAAAAAAUAUGUAGUGUGGCACUUUGGGACAUGGUUUAGCAGGCACAGUGGCUGGUGGCUGGUGUUAACGAUCUCAGAAGUCUUUUCCAACCCUAAUGAUUCUAUGAUUCUUUACUGCUCAGAGGGCAAGGUCAGACUAAACUCUCAGAAAUUCUGCUCAUUUUACAGUACACUUUAGAAAAUGAGAUUUACUAAUUAGAAAACAGAUAUUACCUAAAAUGUGCUGUCUACAUGUAUGUUGCACUGUUGCUGGUAACAAAGUCAAUCACUGCUAACUGUGCGGUAUAUCUGUGUCUUGCAGACUGCUCACCUUUUUAUACUAUCAGCACACAUUUUUUCCCCCUAACUAUGAAAUACUACACGUGCAGGAUUCUGGAGCAAAGGAGAAGUGGAUUGUACAUAUGAACAGUAUGUAUCAACCUCCAGCUUUUGUAAGAGCAAGUAGCUUUUCAUUCUUAGUGUCUCUGUGAAUGGGUUCUGCUGAGGGAAAUUGAAAGCAGUGUUUGGCUAUGGGAUUUGUGGAUCUUCAGCAGGUUCAUCACAGCACUUGGAGGAUCUUACUUGAUAAUCUGUGCCAGAGAAGUGCAUCUCCAUAAGGAUUUUACUGCUUCACAGAAUCAUUGAGCUUGGAAAGGACCUCUACUGACAGCAACGUCAAUUACAGCAUGUUGCUUACUACUCUGUCCAGUCAAGUUUUGAAUAUCUCUGAGGCUGGAGACUCUACAGCCUCUCUGGGCAACCUGUUCCACUGUUUGUUCACACUCAGUCUGAAAACAAAUAAAGGAAAAUUAUAUUUCA